UCAUCAUUCUUCUCUCGCAUUACGGCGGUCCAUGCUUCGUAGCGCAGCAUCAGCACUGCUGAGGACCAGCACUGAGUUUACCGCCCUCUGCCCGGUGUCCACGGUCCGGUUUGUUCGGCAGUCGCUGCGCUACGCACCGAACAACAGAUCUUUUUCGACGUCGGCGUGCUUGUGUAAGAAGAAGAAGGAGAAGAAGAGAAGCCUGUGGCUGCAGCUGGCGGAAGGACAAACCAUGGACGGCAACAUCGAAGAGAUUCUCGCCCCUUUGAGGCUUGCUGUUAAAGAACAGGGGGAGCUGGUGCGUCAGAUGAAACAGGAUGGAGUUCCUGAUGUGGAUGUUACUAAAGCUGUGGCAGAGCUGAAAGCAAGGAAGAGAACUCUGGAGGCCAAGGAACUGUCAUUACAACCCAAAGAUGACAUCGUCGACAGAACCAAGAUGGAGGACACCCUUAAGAGGCGAUUCUUUUAUGACCAGGCCUUUGCCAUCUACGGAGGUGUGAGUGGCCUGUACGACUUCGGCCCUGUGGGCUGUGCCCUGAAGAACAACAUCCUGCAAGCAUGGAGACAGCACUUCAUCCAGGAGGAGCAGAUCCUGGAGAUCGACUGCACCAUGCUGACCCCCGAGCCCGUCCUCAAGACAUCAGGUCAUGUGGAAAAAUUCGCUGACUACAUGGUGAAAGAUGUGAAGAAUGGUGAAUGCUUCAGGGCAGAUCACCUCCUCAAAGCUCAUCUCCAGAAGCUGAUGUCAGAUAAGAAAUGUGCCGCGGAGAAGAAGGCGGAAAUGGAGGAAGUCGUCACUCAGAUGGACAACUACACCCAGCAGGAACUGACCGAUCUGUUUGUGAAAUACAACGUCAAGUCUCCUACCACAGGAAAUGACCUCACAGCUCCCAUCUCCUUCAACCUGAUGUUCCAGACGUCCAUCGGACCAGGCGGGAACAUGCCAGGCUAUCUGAGGCCUGAAACCGCUCAGGGAAUCUUCCUCAACUUCAAACGUCUAUUGGAGUUCAACCAAGGGAAACUGCCCUUUGCCGCUGCUCAAAUAGGAAACUCUUUCAGGAACGAGAUCUCUCCCCGCUCUGGACUCAUCCGCGUCAGGGAGUUCACCAUGGCAGAGAUCGAGCACUUUGUGGAUCCAAACGAGAAAGUCCACCCUAAAUUCUCCAACGUGGCCGACCUGAUGAUCAUUUUGUACUCCUCAAAGGCUCAGACCAGUGGGCAGUCUGCACAGAUCAUGAGGCUUGGAGACGCUGUGGAGCAGGGAGUGAUCAAUAACUCCGUCCUGGGAUACUUCAUCGGGAGAAUCUACCUCUACCUUACUAAAGUCGGUGUCGCCAAAGAAAAGCUGCGCUUCCGUCAGCACAUGGACAACGAGAUGGCUCACUACGCCUGUGACUGCUGGGACGCUGAAACCAAAACCUCCUACGGCUGGAUCGAGAUUGUGGGCUGUGCCGACCGAUCCUGCUACGAUCUCAAAUGUCAUGCACGAGCUACGAAGGUCCCUCUGGUCGCUGAGAAGCCCCUUAAAGAACCCAAAGUUGUAAACGUCGUCCAGUUUGAGCCCAACAAAGGAGCUCUGGGGAAGGCGUAUAAGAAGGAUGCAAAAAUAGCGACGGAGUAUCUGUCCAUGUGUGACGAGUGCUUCAUCACAGAACAGGAGCAGCUGCUCAAUGAGACUGGAGAGUUCACCAUCGAGACCGAGGGUAAGACGUUCAAACUCACAAAGGACAUGGUCAGCGUGAAGCGAUUCCAGAAGACUCUGCAUGUGGAGGAAGUUGUUCCUAAUGUUAUCGAGCCAUCUUUUGGCAUUGGUAGGAUCAUGUACACCAUCUUUGAGCACACAUUCCAGGUCAGAGAAGGUGACGAACAAAGAACGUACUUUAGCUUCCCCGCUACUGUAGCUCCCUACAAAUGUUCCGUCCUGCCCUUGAGUCAAAACCAGGAAUUCGUGCCUUUCGUUAAAGAGCUGUCUGAGGCGAUGACUAAAAACGGCGUGUCCCACAAAGUGGACGACUCUUCAGGAUCCAUCGGGAGGCGCUACGCCAGGACGGAUGAGAUCGGGGUGGCGUUUGGCAUCACCAUCGACUUCGACACCGUGAACAAGACGCCUCACACAGCCACGCUGAGAGACCGGGACUCCAUGAGGCAGAUCAGGGCUGAGGUCAGCGAGUUGCCUGUGAUUAUUCGGGAUUUGGCUAACGGAACAAUGAGCUGGGCAGAAGUGGAGAGCAAGUUCCCCAUCUUUGAAGGACAGGAGACCAGCAAGAAGGACACAGUUGAAGAGUAAAACUCCCUCGUCUGCCUCUCACCCAUGAAAACCCACAGACUUGUUAUGCAUCACCAGGAAGAAAAUUGAAAUUGUAUUGUGAUAAGCUACAGUGGUGCACCAAACCCUCUCUGUGUUCUGCACUGCUGCAAUCACUAACAUGUCAUGUAUUCAUCAUAUCUAACAGGUGUGGAAAGCUUGCACAGGACUGAUGUUUCUGUCAUCAGAGACUUUUUUUUUUCAUCCAUUUAUGACAAUGUGGAAAUGUUUUAAAAGGGAGGACAUGUAAUCAGGUCAUCAGUGGAACGAGGCCUCAGCCAUUCCAGUUUUCAGGCAGAUUGAAUUGAGAUGUGAAAACAGUUUCAAUAAAAACAACCAGCACUUACUGGACACAGGCAA